AGUGCUAGAGGUGAGUUUUUGUAACAGUUUCUAUAAAAAUACCGGAAAAGUCAUUGAUGGUUUUAAAUUGUUGUGAAUUGUCCGAACGGUUCAUACUUUUAUUGCAUUGGCUUUCGUUGCUGUGGUUUGUGAUUGCGACCUACAUAAUUUGGUCAGAUAUGGGACUGAUACUUUACACCUUGGGAUCGUUAACCCUGCUCGCUAUAUUAUGGACUGUCAGCUCUGUAGCCAGAUAUGUUUUGAAAUUUGCCUGUUUUGGAGUAUUGAGCAUGAUAUUUGCAUGUGCGCCGAUACCCUUGAUGUUGUUGAAUCCAAGAGAUAGCAAAAACGCUUUAAUUCCCUCAGCUCUACUAAGAUGGAGCAGAAAGUGUUAUGGGUUGGAGUACAAAGUCGAAGGCCUAGAGAAUAUCGAUAAAAAUAAUGGUUCCGUAGUUCUUAUGAACCAUCAAAGUGCUAUAGAUUUAAUAAUUUUAGCCUAUCUAUGGCCCUUAAUGCCAAACUCAACUGUGAUAUCGAAGAAGGAGAUCUUCUACAUUCAGCCAUUCGGAUUGGCAGCUUGGUUGUGGGGAACCAUCUUCAUCGAUAGAGUUAAAGCCAAAGAUGCCCAAUCGGCGGUGAACAAAACUGGGCAGAUUAUCAAAAAGCGGAAGGCGCGAGUACUGAUGUUCCCAGAAGGCACCAGAAACCUGGGAAAGAAGUUGCUGCCGUUCAAAAAAGGUGCCUUUCAUUUGGCAAUCGCUUCCCAAGUUCCUAUCCAGCCCGUGGCAGUAUCCAGAUACUCGUUCAUGGGCAAAACACGUUUUGAUUCAGGUGUUGUCACUAUAAGGAUUCUUCCAACGAUUUCCACGGAAGGAUGCACCACUGAAGACAUUCCAAAAUUGAUAGACCAAACGUACAAAACGUUGUCGGAAAACGUGGACGAAAUUUCUACACCAACGAAUACGAUGAAUGGAACCGACGCAAAAAUAAAAACCAACUGAAUACAAAAAUAAAAACUUAGCCAUGUACAUUUGAGGCAUCUACGAAAUAUGCACCGAAAAUACAUAACGUUUUGUUGCUAGAAAUUAAAUACAAAAUGUCAAAUAUACUUCGCUGAUUGACAAUUCCAGUAAUUUUCUUUAAUAAUUCAGUUUCCAGUCGAAAUCGACUUUAAACGUCUAAGACUAAGUCAAAGAGUGUUAAAUCUAGCGAAUAAGGUGGAUGUUGCAACAAUUCGUACUUUAUUUUAUUGAUUUCGUUUAUUAAGCAGUGCAAAGUGUGUUAUAUAGUGACGAAACAUAGUCUUCUUUUGUAAACCAAGUAUUUUCUCAUGAAUUCUUAUAUCCAGCUUAUCCAGAAGGUCAUAAGAAUAAUCUAACUUUACUAUUUUACUAGUAAUUUAGUCAAUAAUAUAACCCAAAUAAGAAAAACGCUAAUUUUAUUCAUCAUAUCUCGUCUGGAGUUAUGGCAACUUCCAGAAAGUUAUUUCUUAUAUAUUCAUUUUUAUUUAUGUGAAAAAAUGUUUUGUAGUAUCUCGUUUUUUAGCGUCUUUUUAGUAAAUGCUCAUCAUCUAUUCAUAAAUGUAUCUUCCAGAUCUAUAACAUCCAGAAAAUUACCAUUAUUAUUUUUACAUUGCUAUGAGAACUUUAAAGCCGCUAAAAAGUUUUAUAAAAGACUCCCUCUAUAACGAGAACUGAAAUGGCAGACUAAUUACCUCGUUAUCAGCCAAUAUCGUUAUAUCAGACAAAAAUAAUACUGUGCAUAGGUACAUAUGAAUGUGUAGUUUUCUAAAACAUUAACUUCCUAUAGUGAAGCCAUUCGGAGCAAUAUGCUAAAUAUUGUUUGAAUGGCGUUUUUGAAAAAAAGUUAUUUACUUUUAUUGUCAUGUUUGUGAUAUAUGUUCAUGUGUCAUGUGAUAUAUGUUCAAACAAAAAAUCUGUUAUUUUUAUUAUCUGUAUUUUCAAGGAUAACAUAAACUCUUGCUUUUGCAAUUGGAAGAAGUCUGUAAUUUUUGACUGCUUUAAAUUGUCCAGUAUCAUUCUAUCUAUCAUAUUUUCUAAAGAUGUGAAACAGUUGUAUGUUUCUUUAUUUGCGUUUUCUCUUUGGAUAAAGUUUCUUACAACGUUUAAAGCACUUUCCACAUCUUGUCUAUUAGGACUUUCUUGCGUAGAUUCACCGCGAUUGUCUUCUUCAUCUUCAUCACUUUCGUCACUGACGAUAGCGCGCUCUGCCGGCGGAAAUUUCACUAUCCAUCGAAAGAUCGCAAACAAUGACGUCAUCAUAAAUGAAUUCAGCAAACUCGUCAUCAUUGUUCAGUUGGAUUAGUUCUUGACCUUGCUGUGGUAACUUCAUAGACUCUGUUACAGGAUAUUCAUUUUCUGCGUUUUUUGCCUCAGUUUCUGUCUACCCCGCAUGGCCCAAACAUUUUCUGAUGGUUUUUUUUAUCUACGAGUGUCCAUGCUUUGUGGAUGCAAUUUAUGGCAUCUAAUAAAAUUGAAUUCACUAUGGUUUUCCACCUUAUUCAGGAUCUUCUUAACUAAAAGUUUUCUGUAGUGAACUUUAAGGGACCUUAUGAUGCCCUUAUCCAUCGGUUGCAGAACAGAUGUGCAAUUUGGGGGUAAAAAAAAAGAAGUUGAAUGUUUUUUAAACCGUUAACUUUCGGAUGGGCUGUACAAUUGUCAACAAUUAAAAUAAUCUUUCGAUGUCCCGAUCCUCUGUCCCCACUAAAAAUCUUCACUGUCUUCAAAAGUUCCCCACUAAAAAUCUCUACUGUCAUCCACGAUUUUUUAUUAAAUUUAUAUGUGACAGGAAGCUGAUUCAUACCUCUGAACUGAAACAUCGUGAUUGUUGAGAUUUCCCAAUGAGACUUUCUUCUUUUGGAACCGGACAUGUUGGUACACGCGAGUACAGUUACCCUUUCUUUUCAUAACUUGCCAUCUAUCUUGAGGGUCUUAUCUGGAGUAAGUUUAAAAAAAAGUCCCAGCUCGUCGACAUUGAAAACAUUAUCGUCACUGUAAUUUUCUCUUAUUGUAGGCCAUGACUUCAACCAGUUGUCAGUGACUUCUUUGGAAACGCUCUUUCGCUUCACUGUAAAUUUUUUCACGCGUAAUUUCGCACCUGGCUUUAAAAAGGCUCAUCCAUCCACUCGAUGCUUUAAAAUUCUUAUCACCACCUAGCACCUAGCGCGAAAACUGUGUUGCUUUUUCUUGAAGCAGUGAUCCACUUAUUGAAACAUGCGCAGCCCUAUUUACGGUAAACCAUUUGACCAUUGCAGUAUCAAGUUCUUUAUUAGUUGAGGCACGUAGUUUUUUCGAUUUACCGGAAAAAGACGAACCUGCUUCGAAAAUGUUUACUUUUGAGCAUGGUAGGUAGAGCGAAAUUUUAAAUUCCUCUUUCACGACAAAUUUCUGCUUUCUUCUUACCGUUUUUAACAUCUUUCAGGAAGUUAAUUGUUUUUUCUAAAGUAGAUGCUUUUCUUUUAGGAGUCAUAGUGUGUAAUCUAUAUGACUAUGUAAUCUACAACACAACUUUCAAGACGCGAAAGCACAAUCAGGAAACAAACGAUAAAUAUCUACGACAAAAACAAUUGUGAAAUGAAAUUCUGGUGAAAUUUAUUUAAUCUGUCAAGUUUUUAAACCUCUUUACCUAGUUUAUUAGGUGCGAAUUGUUAAACUCCUACACUGACACUUGUGAAUAAUAAAUUAUAAAUUUCCGACAACACCAUAUCGGUUGGUAGAUUAAACAGAAGUUUAUUGCGGGCGGCAGUUAAAAAGGGUAUUUAUUUAUAGCCACGGAAGGGCCAAAAACGUAAAAAACACGUUUUUCGAUGUCAUUUUCUCUCGUUAUAACCAAAUUUGCCUCGCUAUAGAGGGCUAUAGUUCAAUAGAAAUUUCACGGAACAUCUAAUGUACCUUGUAAUAACGGUGUUAGUUAUAGAGGGAGUAUACUGUAGUAUAUUCCAGCGUUUUGAUGAUGCACAUAAGAAAAUAAAUGAAAUUUUGUUCGAUGUUCGAAAAGUUACAAACUUUACCACUAAAUAUUCACGAUCAAAAUGUUGAAUAAUGUAAUUCUUGGAUAUUUGGUACUUGUUCCAAAAUCUGUUUCGGUGCGUUUGUUAUUGUUUUACUUAUAUAAAAAAAACAUUUAGUUAAGUAUUGAUUUACUGGCGAACUUUGUCGAUAUUAUAUGCCUAUGGACAUAUAAGGACUGAUUAGUUUUAGGUUUAGCUUGUGAGUUAACUGUUGUAUAAAAUUGUUAUUUUUGUUUGGUUCUGUUUGAUUGUACGUUUACGAAAUAAAUAAAUUAUAAACUC